UUAGUCUGAUGCACUGCUUUAUGUGGCUUUUUCCCCCAAUAACCCCCAACGUGCACGGAAAUAUGUUUGUGUCUUCUGCCUGUGUUGAUGAUAUUCAAGCUUUGGACAGUAAGGGACGCUGUUGGCCAGUGAAAGAAAUAUCCAAAUUUGACUCAAAGAAGGCAGAGCCCAACGUUUCCGUUUAGAUGGGAGAUAAAUCAAGUUGCGCUUCACUACCUGGACUACAACAUUUGUGGCGGAGCUAGGAUUUUAGUGUCAAAGGAUUGCUGUUUCUUUGUGGACCCUACACAGCAGGCUAUUGCUAUAACCUUUUCUUGUUUGUGCAAUGGCGUUUCAAAAUUCUCCCACAAGCUUAAAAUGGCGUCUGAACUGCAGGUCGGGUAUGUCGUUUCUGUUUUUCCUGUUGUGUCUCAGUCACAUCGUGUUUAGUCAAAUCAGGUACACAAUUCCAGAGGAGCUGAAAAGGGGGUCAGUUAUUGGUAACGUAGCCCAAGAUCUUGGUUUGGAUGUGUACAGACUCCGUUCUGGCCGCGCCCGUAUCGUGACCGGACAAAGCAUCCAGUACACCGAGCUCAAAACAGACAAAGGCAUUUUGGUCGUGAACGAGAGGAUAGACCGUGAGCAGCUUUGUGGAGACGUGACACCGUGCAGCUUCAGCUUCGAGGUGAUUUUAGAGAAUCCGAUGGAAUUGCAUCGUAUAACAGUGGAAAUAACGGACAUAAAUGACAAUUCCCCUACAUUUAGAAAGGACAACAUUGUAUUCGAAAUUAGCGAGUCAGCCACACUGGGGUCGCGCUUCUUAUUAGCCAGUGCGGGAGACGCAGAUGUGGGUAUUAACGGUUUACAGAAAUACAUAUUAUCUGCUAAUGACAUAUUUGGCUUAAAGCAACACUCGAAUCCAGAUGGUCGAAAAUAUGCCGAGAUGAUUUUACAGAAAUCAUUAGACAGAGAAAGCGAGCCAAGAAUAUCACUGAAGCUCAUCGCCACUGACGGUGGAACGCCACAUCGAUCUGGUACCGUUAAUAUAGAUAUAAUAGUGCUUGAUGCUAAUGAUAAUCCUCCUGUUUUUAAUCAGUCUCUCUACAGGGCCGCUGUCUCUGAAGAUUCAUUUAAAGGCACCUAUAUCACGACACUAAAUGCUAGUGAUGCAGACAGUGGAUCAAACGGUCUCGUCACAUAUAGAUUUUCAAAUAUGGAAGAGAAACUGGCCAAAAUAUUUAAUUUAGAUGAAAUUACGGGAACGGUAACUCUUACAGGGCUAGUUGAUUAUGAAAAGGAUAAAAAAUAUGAAAUUAUGAUCGAAGCUAUGGAUCAGGGAGGACUGACCGAUUCAAGCAAGGUGCUUAUAGAGAUUAUAGACGUUAAUGAUAACGCACCUGUCAUAAAUGUGAUGUCAUUCUCCAGCCCGGUGCCGGAGGAUUCUCCCCCAGGCACCACUGUCGCAAUAAUAAAUGUGGUUGACGCAGACUCGGAACAAAAUGGUCAGGUUAUUUGUACAACAGACAGAAGCCUCCCAUUUAGAAUAAAAUCAACAUUAACUAACUACUAUGCACUGUUAACCGAUGCACCUUUUGAUAGAGAAGUUGUACCAGAGUAUAACAUAACUGUAAGGGCUGCUGAUUCUGGAUCGCCACCCCUAUCAACCACAACGAUACUGCGUUUAAGAAUAUCUGAUGUCAAUGAUAAUGCUCCAUUAUUUGAACAAACUAGCUACGUUGCUCGCGUUGCAGAAAACAAUUCCCCAGGACUAUCCAUAUUUUCCGUUAAAGCACGGGACAUUGACUGGAAUCAAAAUGCGAGGAUUUCAUACUCUCUUGAAGAAACACAGAGCAGUGGCAAUCCAACCUCGUCUUACGUCUCUAUAAACAGCGACACUGGAGCUAUUCAUGCAGUGCGCUCUUUUGAUUAUGAACAAAUUAAACAACUUAAGUUAGUAGUCAAAGCUCAGGAUGGAGGUUCUCCUCCACUCAGUAGUAAUGUGACUGUGACAAUCCUGAUCGAGGACCAGAACGACAACCCUCCUCAGGUUCUGUACCCAGUCCAGACUGGUGGCUCUGUGGUGGGUGAGAUGGUGCCUCGUUCAGCAGAUGUGGGCUAUCUGGUCUCUAAAGUGGUGGCUGUUGAUGUGGACUCUGGACAGAAUGCCUGGCUCUCCUAUAAACUCCAGAAAGUCACAGACAGGGCGCUGUUUGAAGUGGGCUUACAGAAUGGAGAAAUAAGAACUAUCCGCCAAGUGACUGAUAAAGAUCCUGUCAACCAAAAACUCUCUGUCAUAGUGGAGGACAACGGACAGCCCUCUCGUUCAGCUACAGUCAUUGUUAACGUGGCGGUGGCGGACAGCUUCUCUGAAGUGCUCUCAGAGUUCACUGACUUUUCACAGGACAAGGAGUACAAUGACAACCUGACUUUUUACUUAGUGUUGGCUCUGGCUGUAGUUUCCUUCCUCUUCAUCACGUGUUUAGUGGUUAUUAUCUCAGUGAAAAUCUACAGAUGGAGACAGUCUCGCGUCCUGUAUCACUCCAAUCUCCCUGUGAUUCCAUAUUAUCCACCACGUUACUCAGACACUUUGGGCGGCACAGGGACUCUGCAACACGUGUACAAUUACGAGGUGUGCAGGACGACUGACUCCAGAAAGAGUGACUGUAAGUUCGGCAGAGCUGGUAGUCAGAACGUGCUGAUAAUGGACCCCAGUUCUACAGGAACGAUGCAGCGGAUACAGAGUGAAAAGAGCAUCUUGGAUGAACCGGACUCUCCUCUAGAGUGGCCAAAUUCGUUAUUCAAUACCGGAGGAGAUGAAGAAAGGCUCCCUUAUCGGUAAUGUAGCACAAGACCUUGGAUUGGAUCUGAAAAGGCUUCGUUCUGGACGCGCCCGUAUCGUGACCGGAGAAAACA